AUGCCGACUCCGAGUGACAACACACCACAGCUGUCUACCACUUCGCUCGUCAACGAUAUCUCCUCCCAUACUACUUGUCCGCCGGAAAUCGAACGAUUGCCUUUGAGGAGCGACUCCCCCGACCCCUCAGCUAUUGCUGAGCGCGAUGCCGUCGUCAAUCAUGAUCCGCCCCCGGCCCACACGACAGCGCAUUCCAUGUUGAUGCGGUCAGAAGAUGCCGCUACCACAGAUCCUAUGAGAGUUGAUUCGGGUUCAGGUGCAUCUGGUUCUGCCGUGAUGAAGGCAACGACCAAGUCUGAGGAGGAAUCGGGGGUGGGAAGAUUGAGUCCGGCUGGGGAACCGUCAUGCUCGGUACAGCAGCCUUCGUCUGUGGCUAAUUCGCCGUCGGUUGCAUCGCUUCUUAGCUAUGAGUUCUCCAAUGUUCGGCUUCUCCCUAAUUAUACAUCCUCGUUUCUACGCCCCGGGAGUAAAUUCACCGGGACUCAACAGUCGGAUCGCCAGGUGUACAAUGUCGACGUCGAGAUUAAACAUGUUGACAUGGCUGAAUCAUAUCUUUGUGGUUAUCUCCGGAUUCAAGGCCUCACGGAGGACCACCCUACCUUGACGACAUUCUUUGAAGGAGAGAUCAUCGGUACCAAGCACACUUUCAAAACCCGCCAUGAAGCAUGGGGCGCGACCGAGAAAACAGACAUGAACCACUGGGCGCGAUUCCCGGCAUGGCGACCGCUAGCCAGACAGGCAAAGAAACCCGACUUCACCUACCGUAAUUUCGCACAGCGCGAGCACAUCUUUAUGCGGUGGAAGGAGUAUUUCCUCGUCCCUGACCAUCGCGUGCGAACUAUAUCCGGUGCUAGUUUUGAGGGCUUUUAUUAUAUCUGUUUCAACCAGAUCGAAGGGACAGUGACCGGAAUCUACUUUCACGCCAAGAGUGAGAAAUACCAGCAACUUGAGCUCAAGCAUGUCGAAGACCGUGGUUGUACCCCUGCUUUCGAAUUCCGUUAA